AUGGAAGUAGAUGAUCCUUGUUCGUCGUCUGAUUCAGAAAAUGAUGAAAGUGCCAUGUCGAUUUUAAAUUAUGACAAGAUACGCUCAGAUUUAAAUCAUGUACAAAAUGACAUAAAAUAUUGGAAACAAAUAUCCGACGAGUUGCGACGGAAUAAUUACCCCCUCGCCGCCGGAAUUUCGAAUACAAAAGUCUUCCCAAAAGAUUUAAGAAAAAAAGCGCAACGGCUCGAUAAUCUUCUGAACAGGUUGAUUAACACGAAUUCAAGAUAUGAUCUACACUUUCAUGACAAACUACGGAUAUUGAUUGCACAAGGAGAUGACUAUAAAGAGUUUUUAAAGAGAAUGAAAAGUUUGGACUUUUCAAAGAAAUGCAACGAGAUCUGGGAGAAUGAUACAGUGGCUUAUCGGUGUAAUACAUGUGCUUUAACUCCUUGUAUGUCCCUAUGCGAAAGUUGUUUCAAGUCCAACGGCCACGCGGGUCAUGAUUAUACGAGAUUCUUUUCGAAAGAAGGAGGCGCGUGUGAUUGUGGCAACGAGGAUGUGAUUCGACCACAAGGAUUUUGCAAAUUCCAUGGUCCUCACAUUGUGAAACCCGAAACAAACUUCCUUGAAGUUUCAUUGCCGGAAUUUAUAAUUGUCAAGCUCAUCGUUCGAAUAUUCCUUGAAUGGAGAGGAUGGUUCAACAGAAUGGUUCAAAAUCGGACGCUUAGUGAUGGCACAUUCGACCCACAAUUCUCACUAGGCCAUUUCUGCACAAGAGAAUAUGAAAAAGUUAUCGAUCUGGUUCGUAUUCUACAGGAAAUGGCUAACUAUGGUGGUCCAAUGCGUGAAGCCAUUGCAAGAAUUCUUUUAGAUGCCGAUCUUUAUCAAGCCUUAACCGAAAAAACUGGAGAUCACGUUGUUCCGAACUCGCCGGUUGAAGUGAACCUAGAUUGGAGAACGCGGGAAUUGUUUGUAAAAGAUCGAACAUCCCUCGAUCUCGGCGAUGAUCUGGAAAUGUUUCCACUUCUGCAAAAUGAUAGAGGCCUUGAGUGCAAAACGCUUCUCGAUGAGCUCACCUUCUGGAUAAUUCGCCAGAACUUCCCACAGCCGCUCAUCAAUUUCGCGUUGAGCCUUCUGUCGGAAGUCGAAUACCGCGACGCGUUCGCUCUGAAAUUCUUCACGUGGUACCCGCUGAUAUGCUCGGUGAUUCGCGAGUUAUGCAAUUAUCAAAAAACGCAUGGAAGAGAUAAGGAUUACAUCCAAGGGACUUGUAGUCGAGUCGUUCAUGUCUCAGUCCAGAUGCUCUCAUCGAGCACGCUUUGUCUUCAAUUAAAUGAAAAAUGCGAUCUAGUCAGAACUGUGUAUAAUGUGAUUCGAUCAUUGCUAUGCGAGAAGAUGAAGAAUUCAUUUCUUACCCUAGACCAAAGUAAAUAUUUCCAUCUUCAUCACGAUGGCGAUCCACCCCAAUAUUAUAAUGAUUUGAAAAUUAUUGAUAUCAACGAGAGCACGACUAUUCAAUUUCAUGGAUAUUGGUUUGUGAUGGGAGACAUGCAGAAUUUACUAUCGCAUCCAUCAAUAGCGGUGAGGGCUAUUUUGGAUAAAAAGACUUUUGAAGAUUCUUAUGUCAAACUACUAUUAAGUAUGCAGGGCAUGCAUCAGGUUUGGAGGAUUGUUCUUGGAGAGCAUGUUCCGCACGAUACAUCGGAUCCCGUUCAGAAAGCUUACACGUUGGAAUUUGAGACACUUUCAACGACACUCUUCAAUAUGAUAUCGGGAAUUCAAUUGGAAAAUAAUGAAGACGCCGCGAUUCGUUUCUUCGAGACCAUUUUUGAUGCAAUUGAGCGUUGGCUAUUUUGUCUGGUCACCGGCGCCCACGAAGUCGACUACUCGAAGUUGGAUUCGCGGAAAAUCAUUGCUUGCCCGACAUACGUCGUUUCGUUCCAUUUCCCGCUUCAUCGACACCUUUCGACUUGCCUAUCGCACUUGCAUGAUAUGCCAAGGCUUCGCGAGAAACUCGCAUCGACAAUCUUGCGAAACGAGAGAAUCAUGCGAUUGUUGAUCCUUCAUCCGUUGAGAAUACAGGCGGCGCGAAGCGAGAUCUCGUCGUCAAUGUGGACGCGAAAUGGCUCCGAAGUGCAGAUGAUGUCGAUGCUCUAUUCGCAGUUCAACGUGAACACCUCGUUCCAGACGCCGGAUAUCGAUUUAAUCAGAUUCUGUUCGGCAUAUUGCAAUAAGCAAUGGAUUAUCGAAUGCUUCAUGAAGAAUUUCUAUUUGGACGAGAAAAUGGUGUUCCGAACAAUUGCGAAUCUUGAAAGCGAAACGUUGGCGCGAUUUUUGGGCGGGGUUGAUGAGGAAUUAAUCGAUUAUCCAAAGCGGGACGAAGUUGACGAGGACGUGCAGAAGCUUAUCGAUAUUCUAGAAAGCGAGCCAGAAAAAAUUGAGUUCGCAAUGGGAUUCUCGAAAGCGUCUGAAAACACGCCCUAUUCGGAAGAGGAACUCGCCGAAAUCAUUGAAAUCGCCAAAUCAGAUAAUUGGAUUUGCGGCAAAAAAGUUGGCCUGUUUCAGGCGCCACUCAAUCUCACCCGAGAUCAGCGCCGCGAGUUGAUUUUAAGAAAUCGCUAUGAAUUCGGAUCGCGUCCAUCGGCCGAGGUGCGCCAAGUUCUUGAUAGCUCAUAUGUGCAUCAAGUGCCGUCGAAUGAGCCGGUUCUGUUGAGAAACGACUGGAUGGACUAUGUGCUGUUCGGAUUCCUGAAAUUAGUCGCCGAAAUCGUUGUGAUUCGCGUAAACUGUGGAUUGUCGAUGAGAGAUUAUUAUCGCGCGGAAAUCAUUAAUGCAUUGACGGCCGAGCGAAAAACUCACUCGAGAUUGAGGAAUCACAUCAGUGUGAAGGGAUCGAAAAAUGAAGAACAGGUUGCCGAUUUUAUUGAAGCCGACCAAGGUGACACUUCAAAUGACAUGAAUCAGGGAAUGUAUGAGCUGAAGGACGAGAUCUGGGAUCGCGAGUUCUGUCCGAUUUAUCAAUUCAUGCGAGCCAAUACUAUGCGGAAUUCGACGAUGGUUUUCGCGAAAGUCGCGAAACGCGAUCAGAAGGAAGUGGCGAAGCAUAGGGUUUAUGAUGGAAUUCCAAAGGAUCUCGACUUCUGGAUACCAUUCAGGCUUAUUAGCUUUGACAAAAAUUUACGGCACGAAGGAAUUUCGGAGAUUUUCAAGCUUCUCGUCACCCCCGAAUUUAUCAAUAUUGCGGUUAUGACAGUGGCUUUUGCGCAUUCGACGGAUGAAGUGAUUCAUUUUACCACAUUUCAAAUGGCGAUUUAUUUGCUGACUUUGGGUGUCAAAUAUAUUGGCACAUUAGAAGAAGACGAUGUUAAGCGAGAGCUCGUCAAGAUUUAUCAUACUCCAUUCAAACUUCGAACAAACAAUAAAAUUGGGGAGCCUGUUGUACACACAAUUUGCUCGUAUAUGGUUCAAAUAUUCGAGGGAUAUUCAAGGGGCUCGGAAUCGUAUACGAUAUUGUUGAGGAAGAUUCUGAAUGGCGAGUUUGAUCUUGAGCGACUCUAUGGUGGUUGUUCAAUUUAUUUUGCGCGGUUUUUGACGAUUCUAGCAAAAAUAUCACCGGCGUGCCGGAAGCUUCUUGAAUUCAAACUGGAUAUUGAGGAGCGAUUAUUGAAGAAGAUUGAGGAAGAGAAUGGUGCUAAUCAUCAACAGGAGAUUAAGAAUGCAGCAAAGGCGGAGAGAAAGAAACGGUUGGAGGCGAUCAUGAUGCAAAAUAAGAUAAAGAGCCAAAAAACUAUGGAGAAAUUGAUAGCCAAAGAAGGAAUUUCGCAGGAUGAGCUAGAUAAGAUGGACACGAGUCAACCGGAUGUGAAACUCUAUGAUUGCCCGAUAUGUGGCGACGCUGAAAUGCCGAACACCCUUCAGAAGCCGUUUGGAAUGCUCGCCUAUGUCACACCAAAUUUUAUAGCGCAUGAGCAAAUUGACGGCAAUUGUGAGAGGAUUGACAACAUUCUGGACGUUGAUCGACAUGAUCGAGAUUCGGCGCGAAUCUCGUGGCAAUUGACGACACGCCGGCAUUUUUACGAACGCAAGCGAAAUUUGUACUCUCCGGAAACGGACAGAUGUGCUUCUUAUCGGAAUCCGAUGGACAACUAUCUUUAUGAUCCAUAUUCGGGAAUUGAGAUCAGAACUUGUGGGCAUUGCGCGCAUAUUGACUGUUUUACGGCAUAUUGGGCGUCUUAUAUAGAUCGUUAUGUUCUAAUGGAAGUUGGAUGCUUCCUUUGUCGUUAUUCGAUCAACACGAUAAUUCCAAUGGGUCUUGAUAUAAGCUAUGAAACGCGAUCGCGAGGCGCGUGGGCAUCGCCGGAAUCGAUUUUCAGCACUUUGAAAGGAUGUGUGGAUCAUGCGAUGAAUGUCGCCGCUGAGCACGCGAACGAUAAGGCGUACCAUCAGCACUACUCGAAUUUGAGUGGCAACAGCGCUCUGACCGAAUUGCUCGAGGCUAGGCAGCGAACGAAGAACGUCCUUGAGAAGCGGGCGCUACAUCCGAAAGAAGAAUGCGGAACGUCGCUGGUUGCGAUGACGACCGCUCACAUUGAAAGAAAUUGCGUUUUCGAGAAGUUUGACUUUCCGGAAUCUCGCAAAAAUACCAAAUUCUUGAUUGCUGAACAUUUACUCUAUGCUGCGUGCGCAAUUUACACGAAUGACGAGAAUGAGACGGCCGUUAAUGUUUUUCGUGAUUUGAUUCUUGACUCACCGAUAUACACGACGGACAAUGUCACAGAAGCUCUUGCUCAUUUGGAAUUGCCGAGAUAUCAGGAAUUUCAUGGAUUGAGUCGUGAAGAGGUCGAUGUUUUGAUGCCGUCGGCCAACAAAAGACGCCGGGUGCAAAGCGAGAGCUGCUCAACCAAUGUGACUCCGCCGUCUUCUGCGCCACUUUUGAUGUUUGAUCCGAAGCCGAUGCUCACUCGACUAGUUUCGUAUAUUGUAAACAAUGGAACGAUGACAAAAGAGGAUAAAAUGGCUAUUGCUUUGAUCCUUUUGAAGCAUGUUGUCAGUUGGGUAUCGGUCUCUUCCAUUCUUCGACUUCUUUUCAAAGUUGGACACAAGAAAUUGGCCCAAAUUCGAAAAGGGGCCUAUCAAAUUGAAGGAAUGAUUGAUGUGAUGAAGCAAAUGCCGUAUGAGGUUAUCAGAUGUCUUGGGAAGGGCAAGGAGUUCUUCAAGGCGUUUAUCGAGAAUUUGCGGGGAAACGAUGAGAAUCUUGAAAUUUCACCGACGCCAAUUAGCGAUGAAAUUCUUGUGAAGAAUGUCGAUGAAAGUGUCGGCGAUUUUUUGCGAUUUGCCGUUGAACUCUAUCGACACGUCAAUCUCAUCAGAAUUGAUGUUCACGAAAAAGUCGUUCACGAUAAAAACGCGAAAUUGCUCACGCUUUUGGGAUAUAUUGGAAUUGAAGAAAAAUGGCUGACAACGUCGCACGCAAAAAUCGCGAAAUGGAUUGAUCGAUAUGAGGAUGUUUGGAACUUUGUCGCUUCAUAUCAGCCACUCCUCUAUGAGCCUGUUGUUUGGCAACCGCGGCGAAUUUUGAAACUGCCGUCGAAUUAUGACGAUUUGUUCAAUCGAUAUUUCCAUCGCGCUUGCUCGACGUGCUCAAAAAUCCCGAACAAUCCUCUCGUUUGCCUAUUAUGCGGCAAACUUGUAUGUAUUGAUGAAUGCUGCAAUUUGCAGUCGAUGACAACCGAUCACCCUUCAUCGUAUGUUAUUGAAGCUGAAACGCACGCUGAAGAUUGCUCAUCGUAUACGGGUCUAUUUUUGUCGCUCAACUCGUCAGUUUGCAUUGUGUCCGUCGGACGUCGCGCCGGUAUUUGGGGAUCCGUGUACCUCGACGCUCAUGGUGAGGAGGACCGAAAUCUCAAGCGAGGGAAACCUCUUCGACUAUCGGAACGACGUCUGGCUUGUCUGGAGCGUGACUGGAUCGAGCUCGAAUUCCGGCCGGUGCGCACAUGGGCACCGCUGCAGUCGGGUCCGUUGGCGAAUCUCAUUCGUGAUUCUCACCUACAUUAA